AUGGAUUUCAUAGACUUUGAUACAUUUAGUAAGGAUGUAUCUGGUGGCGAUAACAGUGUUUUCCCACAACCUCAACCUCCGUUGCCAUUACCCAUAACUUCGAAUUUAGACCAAUUUAGCAAGAAAUUAUCAAAUCUUGUACUACCUAGUAAUAUAUUAAAUGAGGACAACACUAAACUGCCAAAUGAGAUAUCUGAGGUUGAUCAUGUUAUGGAGAAAUAUGCUAAAAUGUCAAUCGAUUUGAUUAAACGAGAAACUGGGGAUGUUCAAGUUGAGGAUGAGGAGGAUUCUAACGAGUCUGCUGCUCGUACUUCAUUGUCAACGAGAUUGUCUCGAGUGCUUAAUGAUUCAUUAGGUGAUGCCAAAACUCGUGAGAUUUUUAGCAAUUUGCAAGAUAGAUUUGAUAAAGAGUCAGAUGGUUAUGUUGUUGAUUUGAUAGAACUGGGAAUUGUUGGAUCGAUGUCAAGAAAAAGAUUUAAAGGCAGAAUUGAGAGUGAAAUCAUUCGAAAUCAACUGAAUAUAGUUAAACAAUAUCAACCUAUCAUUAAACAGUUGAAACAAAUUGAAACCAAGCUUAACAAAUUAAAUGAACUUAGUGUAAAAACAAAUGAUAAAAUCCAUAGAAAUUUUGAUUUUUCCAAUAAAUUGAACCUGGAAAUUAAAGAGUUGAAUGAUAAUAAGAAAUUGAUUGGAUUAAAAAAAAAUUUAUUAAUAAGUUUCAAAGAAAAAUUUACAUUGAAUGAAUAUGAAGAAUUUGUGUUGAAUUCGGGUGACUUGAAUGACGAGUUUUUCACUAUUUUGGCUCGUGCUGAACGUAUAAAUGAAAAUUGCUCUAUAUUGUUGUCUUUAGAUAAUCCCCAAUUAGGGUUGAAAAUAAUUGCCAAAAGUAAUCACAUAAUCAAAAGAUCUAUUGACAGAAUCGUGAGUUAUACUAAUAAAACUUUGGGAAAUGUGUAUUCAUUGAGUUCAAAGUCUAGAUUGGCAACUUUACACCAAUGCUUCAAGUAUUUACAGAACAAAUUGAAUUAUUUCAAUUCUAUUGUGAAUACAUUCAGUGAAUCAAGAUCAAAAGUCUUGGUAGAUGAAUUCAACAGACAAGUACAAGGUGAUUUUGACGUUAAUGGACAAGGCCGACCAGGUUCAAUAUCUAGCGAUUCAAGACCAAUUUAUAUGACAGCACAUGAUCCAGUGCGAUUUGUUGGAGAUUUAUUGGCUUAUGUUCAUUCAGUAUCUGUGAAUGAAUCUGAAACAAUAACAAGUAUAUUUACUAUGGGUGACGAUAACGAUAAAGAGUUUGAGAAUAUUAUACAUGAUGUAAUUGACAAAAUAUUACUGUCAUUAUCUCGUCCAAUAAAAGCCCGUGUGGAACAGAUCAUUUCCACCGAGACCAAAUUAUCUACACUUGUACAAAUAUUUAAUCUUGUUGAAUUAUAUAAUAUCAUGUUUACCAAGCAAUUGGGAAAAGCAGGUAACAUUGUUGAAACUGUCAAACAAUUGGUAAAAGUGUGUCAAGAUCGUAUAUUUAUGAUUAUAUCAAAUAGAUUGGCAACUAUCAAAAACAAGAAUCUGACCAAAUUGGAUUUGAAUUUAGAUUUACAACCACCAGAAUGGAUUAUUGAGUUUUAUUCUGACAUAUUACCUAUUGUUGAUCAGAUAACAACCGAAACAAUACUAAACUUGUCCCCUGAAGAAAACGGAAACUUUUUGAAGUUGAUUAUCAAUGAACCAAUUCAAGUAUUUAACGAACAUGUUGAUCAUAACAAAGUAUUUUCUGAAAAGAAAGAUGUUUUGAUUAUUAAAUCAAAUUUCCUUGAUUUGAUAUUGUCAAAAACUAUACCAGUUUCACUACUCUCAGAAAAAGUAUUAGAGAUAAAUGAGAUGAUAGACAAGUUGACGGAAGAAAUCACCCAGUUAGAACUCAAUAAUAUGUUGGUCCAGUGUGGUCUUUAUGAUUACUUUAACAUUAUUAACAUGAUAUGCCCAUUUUCUGAUGAUUUUUUUGAAGUGUCUAUUUAUGAACCGAUUAAAGAAAACAAGUUGUACGUGAGAGAUAAUUUUGUCGAAGUUGAUGAAAAAGUGCAAGAAUUUUUCCCUAGUGCUAUGAUUGAAAUGCAACAAUCUCUUUUAAAAUUAAAUUCACCAAUUAUCGUUAAUCAAAUUAUAGAUAAUUCGUUUAUGCAAUUUGUUAAGUUCUACCACAAAUUGAAUUUGAUCAACAAAGAAUAUUUGGAUUUUUCCUUUACAUGGUCUGACAUGGAGAUUGCAACUUUAGUUGGUAUUGAAGAUGUAUAUUCGAAAGAAAUAUCAAUUAUGUAG